CCAUGGAGAUGCCGCUGCCGCCCGAGGAUCAGGAGCUGCGGAAUGUCAUCGACAAGCUGGCGCAGUUCGUGGCGCGGAACGGGCCCGAGUUCGAGAAGAUGACGAUGGAGAAGCAGAAGGAGAACCCCAAGUUCUCCUUCCUCUUCGGCGGCGACUUCUACGGCUACUACAAGUACAAGCUGGCGCUGGAGCAGCAGCAGCUGCUGUGCAAGCAAAGCCAGGACAUCGAGGCUUCUGCCCAGAUCCAGCCCCUGCCGCAGCCCUCGCUGCCGCCGGCCGCGCCCAUCCCGGCCCCCCAGGGCACCCCCUCGGUGGAGGAGCUGAUCCAGCAGAGUCAGUGGAACCUGCAGCAGCAGGAGCAGCACCUGCUCGCCAUGAGACAGGAACAAGUCACAUCAGCAGUAGCCCUUGCCAUCGAGCAGCAAAUGCAGAAGGUUUUGGAGGAAACUCAGUUAGACAUGAACGAGUUUGACAACUUGUUGCAGCCAAUAAUUGACACUUGUACAAAAGAUGCCAUCUCAGCUGGCAAGAACUGGAUGUUCAGCAAUGCCAAGUCUCCUGCCCACUGCGAGCUGAUGGCCGGGCACCUGCGCAACCGCAUCACGGCCGAGGGAGCGCACUUUGAGCUGCGGCUGCACCUCAUCUACCUGAUCAACGAUGUCCUGCAUCACUGCCAACGGAAGCAAGCACGAGAUCUGCUGGCUGCUCUGCAGAAGGUGGUUGUGCCCAUUUAUUGCACCAGUUUUCUGGCAGUGGAGGAGGAUAAACAACAGAAAAUUGCCAGACUUCUUCAACUGUGGGAGAAAAAUGGGUACUUUGAUGAGUCCAUUAUUCAGCAGUUACAGAGCCCAGCUCUUGGACUUGGCCAAUACCAGGCAAAUCUGAUCACUGAGUACGCAACGGUUGUGCAGCCUGUGCAAGUGGCCUUCCAGCAGCAGAUCCAGAACCUGAAAACUCAGCACGAGGAGUUUGUCAACAGUUUAACCCAGCAGCAACAGCAGCAGCAGCAGAUCCAGAUCCCCUCCCUGGAGAACGAGGUGAAAUCAACGCCCCCCCCUCAGGCCCCCCCAGCAGCCCCAGCCUCGGCUCCACCGUCUGCUCCAGUUUCCCAAGCAGAUGAUGGUAAAUCUCAGCUGCCUCUGGCUGGUUCUACAGAAUAUGACACGAGUGGGAGUGGAGUGCAGGAUCCUGCCUCGGGAGGACCUCGUGGGCCUGGAUCUCAUGAUCAGAUUCCCCCAAAUAAACCACCCUGGUUUGACCAACCUCACCCUGUUGCUCCAUGGGGUCAACAACAGGGACCACCUCACUGCCCCCCCUGGAACAACAACCACGAAGGGAUGUGGAACGAACAGAGAGAUCAAGGCUGGAACAACCAACGAGAGACCCCUUGGAACAACCAGCCUGAUCCUUCCUGGAACAACCAGUUCGAAGCUCCGUGGAACAACCAGCACGAACAACCUCCAUGGGGUGGGGGCCAAAGGGAACCUCCAUUUCGAAUGCAGCGGCCACCUCACUUCCGAGGCCCAUUCCCUCCACAUCAGCAACAUCCCCAAUUCAACCAGCCCCCGCAUCCGCAUAAUUUCAACCGCUUUCCACCUCGCUUCAUGCAGGAUGAUUUCCCACCUCGCCAUCCCUUUGAAAGGCCUCCUUAUCCUCACCGCUUUGAUUACCCCCAGGGGGAUUUCCCUCAAGAAAUUGGACCUCCUCAUCAUCAUCCCGGCCACAGAUUGCCUCACCCUGGCAUCAGCGAGCAUCCCCCCUGGGGAGGGCCCCAGCACCCCGAUUUUGGGCCUCCCCCCCACGGGUUUAACGGGCAGCCCCCCCACAUGAGGCGCCAGGGGCCCCCCCACAUGAACCACGACGAUCCCAGCCUGGUGCCAAACGUGCCCUACUUCGACCUGCCCGCUGGGCUGAUGGCUCCUCUCGUCAAGCUUGAAGAUCAUGAGUAUAAACCUUUAGAUCCUAAAGAUAUUCGUCUUCCACCCCCAAUGCCCCCCAGUGAGAGACUCCUGGCUGCAGUGGAGGCAUUUUAUAGUCCACCAUCUCAUGACAGGCCUAGAAACAGUGAAGGCUGGGAGCAGAAUGGACUGUACGAAUUCUUCAGAGCUAAAAUGAGAGCAAGGCGGAGGAAAGGUCAGGAGAAGAGAAAUAGUGGCCCCUCUCGCUCUCGCAGCCGCUCUAAAAGCCGAGGUCGUUCUUCUUCCCGCUCCAAUUCCCGAUCUUCGAAAUCGUCCGGCUCCUACUCGAGGUCGCGCUCCCGCUCCUGCUCCCGCUCCCGCUCCUACUCCCGCUCGCAGUCCAGGAGCCGCAGCCGCUCCCGCUCCUCCCACAGCCGCUCCCGGUCCCGCUCCCGCUCCAGGUCCAAGUCGUACUCGCCGGGAAGGCGGCGCCGCUCCCGCUCCCGCAGCCCCACUCCUCCUUCUUCUGCUGGUUUGGGCUCCAGUUCUGGGCCUCCUAUACCAGAAUCAAGACUUGGAGAAGAAAAUAAAGGCCAUCAAAUGCUGGUGAAAAUGGGAUGGAGUGGAUCUGGUGGGCUGGGAGCCAAGGAACAAGGAAUUCAGGAUCCAAUUAAAGGAGGGGAUAUCCGAGACAAGUGGGAUCAGUACAAAGGAGUAGGAGUUGCGUUGGAUGAUCCUUACGAAAACUACCGGAGAAAUAAAAGUUACUCGUUCAUCGCCCGCAUGAAGGCCAGGGAUGAAUUGAAACGUGAAACACAAGACCCUCCACCACCCGAAUAAGACUCUCUGAAGAAAGAUGUCUUGCAUCUUCUACAAAACAUUAGACUUGUCAAAAUCCGGAUUAAAGUCUGGAGGAAGUGACAAAAUUACUUUUUAAAACUAUGGGGAAAAAUGGAAAGCUAUGACAUGUACUUCAACACCUGUCAUUUAGUGCCUAGAAAAGGGCAGUUGUUACCAUGACAUGUCUAGCAAGUUUAAAAACUUCCCUUUAUCUUGCAAAUUUUUUUUUUUUUAAAUUAGUUCCCAGUUUUAUACUAGAACUGAGCUCCAGUCAGUGUGCCCCUGGUGCAGGAUUGUGCCCCACUCCUCCCUGUGGAAUACACAAGUUGUAUCUGAUGUGGUUUGCAUGUUCUCCAGUUCCAUAAUGUAUGUUUAUUUCUCUCAAAAGGUUAAUUCUAUUUGAAGUGGAAGGGGUGCUGCCUUGGGAUCAAGUCAGACUGAUGCUGAGCAGUGUAUCCUAAUGUCUAAAGUGGGGAAUGAAGCAUCUAGAUCCAGUGCAGGUGACCUUUGAGCACUGUGCCAGCUUUUAGAACCUUCCAGCCACCUCCAGGCCCCCCCAGCAGCUGCUGCAGCCCCCCCUGGGCAGGACACGAGGGGCAGCUCGCUGAGGGCUGGGCGAUGAUGCUUUGUAACGGGACACAGCCUUGGAGCUUUUUAUAUUUUUGUACAUACCCUUGAAUAAAAGCCAAUUAGUUCACUAGAAGAGAAUUCCAUUUUCUCUGCUCUCUUUUAAGUUUCUCUCAAUGAGAAGUUCUUGGAAAGUUCCCUGUGAUCUAAAGGAGAGAAGAAACAGAACCUUUUCUAACUGUUUCCAGCUAGAGCUGUUAGGCCCUUCCACUGCACCCCCCAGUCCCCAGGUCUGCGUGGUGGUUCCCUUUUCCAGUUGUUUGUUUGUAUAG